AUGCUAAGCUUAGACACCUCGACAUUUUCGAAUAUCUCCCCGUGGCCGCUCCUAGUCGGGGCGCUCGGCUUUCUAUGCUAUGCCGUAGCGCGCGGACUUCGCUGGGGCAAGGAGGCCGAUCGACUGCCCCCCAGUCCCCCCGGUCACUGGCUGCUCGGCAAUGCACCCCCAACCGCUUACGCCCACCUCCACCACACACGUAUCGCCGAAACGUAUGGACCUGUGUUUACGCUGCGGUAUGGCUCUCGGCGGCUUUGCGUGAUCGCACGUUACCAGGCGGCGCAGGAUAUCAUGGUCAAGCAAUCGCACCUUCUUGCCGACCGCCCACGGUCCGUCGCCGUCGGGGAGCUUAUUUCGAACGGGAUGCGUGUCCUUACGCUUGGUGUGGGCGACCGUCUGAGGAGACUCAGGGGGAUACUGCACGCGACGCUUCAGCCUGCAAGCGCGGCACGCUAUGAGUAUCUGCAGGCCCACAACGCGCGAAACUUCAUCACCGACAUCCUCGACCGACCCGACGAGUUCAUUGGCCAUUCUAGAAGGUAUGCAGCAAGCGUCAUUCUGUCGAUCACAUACGGAAAGACCACCCCGACGUCGUUUUCGGAUCCGGACGUCAAGCAGAUCGUCGUGGGUGCCGCGCGCGUAGGCGACGCGGUGCGCCCGGGGGCGUACCUCAUCGACACGUACCCGUUCCUCAAGCACAUCCCGUUCUUCACGUCCGAGCUCAAACGCUUCCACCGCGAGGAGCUCGCGCUGUAUCGCAGCCAAGUACAGGGCGUGAAGGCGCGUGUGGCGAAGAACGAAUGCCCGCCGUGCUUUGUGACGUCCAUUUUGGAACGCCAAGAGGAAUUCAACAUGUCCGAUGACGAGCUGGCGUACCUCGCCGGGUCGAUGUUCGGCGCGGGGUCCGAUACCACUUCUGGGGUGCUUCCGAUUAUGAUCAUGGCGGCGGCGCGGCACCCAGAGAUGCAGGCGAAGGUACAGGCACAGCUGGAUGAGGUCGUGGGUCGCGACAGACUGCCUACAUUCGCAGACCAGGAGCUGCUUACCGAGGUCAACGCGUGGGUACAGGAGGUGUACAGAUGGAGGCCUGUAACGCCGCUAGGGUUUACACAUAGGGCCACGAAAGACGUCGUUUGGAAGGACUAUGUAAUCCCAGCAGGAACAGAGGUUCUUGCGUGCCACUGGGCAAUCUCGCGCGACCCGGACGCAUAUCCCGACCCCGAGGCGUUCAAGCCGUCCCGCUGGCUGAAUGAGAAGGGUCAGAUGAGGGAGGACCUCAAAUUUUUCAAUUGGGGCUUCGGACGGAGAAUCUGUCCGGGGUUGCACGUCGCUGAGCGGUCGGUGUUCAUCAACACGGCGCUCACGCUAUGGGCAUUCGACAUAUCUGAAGACCCGGCCCACCCAAUCGACACAAUGGCCAUCAAGGACGGCGCGCUCGCGCACCCGUACCCUUUCGUGGUGCGCUUCAAGCCGAGAAUUGCGAAUUUGAGGGAGAAGAUUCUGGCUCACAACGAGUAA